UCGUUCGCUUUUACACCAACUUUUACACAGCCUCAAUCGAAAGCCACGCGCCCGACAGUCGCCAUGGCCUACCACUCAGCCUACCGCGGCAUUGCGACAGGAGCCAAUGGCGAGUUUGAUCACUUCGUACGGCAGCUUGACCCAUCGCAUUUGGAAGGUGGAUAUUGGAGGUUCCAGUCCAUCGACGACGAUCGGCGCGCCAUGGCCCGCGGCUUUACAACACCUGAAGAUGUGCUCCAAGCUGCCGACUCUAGCGAGGACAGGUUCGACGAGAUCAUAAUAAGAUGGGUGAGGGGUGCAAACGAUGCAAGCUUUAAGAUGGCGAUGUCGGGUACAGCACAUCAGCAUCUCCAAACCAUCUACGAACUGCGCUCGAUGCUUCGUCUGCCCAUGUCGUCCCGAGGACAGGUACCGCUAUAUACAAUCAGCACAAACCCGCGUCUCCGGCAGUACUGGGAGGCAAAAUAUAGAGCCCAACGACCUACUCCAAUCGAUCCUGCGAUUCAACUACCGGAACGUCCCAUGUCAUCUUCAGUAACGCCAGGGCCUGUAAAUUUGACUCCAUCCCAGGCUCAGCAGGCAGAACCAUCGAAAUCAAAGUCUCCUGUUGGCAGAGUUACCAGAGCACGCAGCGCGAAGUUAUCACAAGCAGCGCGACCGAAACCUGCAGCCAAGACUACAUCGGCCAAACAAAAACCCAGUACUUCUACAGCGCCUACAGGCCAGUCCUCGUCCACAUCUCCAUCGUCGGAGAAGAUCAAGGCUCAACUUCGUCCUGAAAAAGCGACAAAUCAACAUCAGAUCCCCUUCCAAAGCCUCGCAACGCAGCCGUUGGCGCCCGCACAACCUGGUCCGUCUAUCAGCGCGAAUGUGCCUACGAUACCGCGGGCUGCGUUAGAAUGGGGGUUACAGCCGUCACCGAAACAGGCAACAUCGAAUCCCAGCGAUGGAGUAUCGCAAUACAAUUGGGUUCACUCGUCCGCUCGCUUAUCCGCUGUACGAUACUCUCCUUACGUAGCUCACCCACAACAGCAAGCCCAGUGCGAGAGCGCUGCAUACCCUUUACUGAAUACUACUGCCUCGACCUCAGGAACUUCCAAUACUUCGAAUAUACCAAUCCGAUCUCCGACAAGCGGAAGACAAGACAAACCUUCCGAUAACACACACACUAGGCACCAGGCUUAUGCUCCUCUGGCGAAACAACAGCCGUCCAUCAAGGAUCUCCGGUCGCUCAGCAUAUCAGACUCACGCCCACUGGUUCUCAAAGCUACGACCGUACCGGAGAAGCCGCUAAAAACUAUACCCGAACCAUGGGGCAGUUACAUGAGAGGCCUUGAACAGCUUCCAUGUGCGGAUUGUGGAGAAGAUGACGGCCACCUGCUGGAUUGCAAUCUUGGGAACAUUGCACCAAUGCAAAAUCUCACCGUCCUCGACUAUCGUACGCUUACCGAUGCUGUCGAGCGCUUCGAUCCCAGCCCAUGGACAACCCAUUUUGUCCCUCCCGAACCCGAGCCUGAAGACGCGGCGACACAGAUGCGAGGCAUGGCUACGGUCAUACGGAAUGAGGAUAGCUAUAAACAAGACCCCGAGCUUCACGGACUACCAGAUGACCUUAUGAUGAUGUUGUGGGCUUUCAAGACUUCAGAAAACAUUCAGGUUAUCAAUGAGGAUGGUUGGGAUGCCGGUAUCGGCGAUUUCGAGAUGUGGUGAUGAGAAUGUGUCAUUUGGCUCGCCCUGGGUAGAUGAACCAGAUCAGCGAUUAUGGGUCAGCAGUUUGGAGGCGAGUUUGCUGUCCUGGACCUUAUGUGAUGUCGAAAGAAGAGAGACAUGUUGUUGUGAACAGCGUCACUUCUGCUCAUUUCCGGCGCAUGAGACUUGCGUUUCACUUACUCGAAAAGCACCGUGGAGGUAGAAACCAGAAAAUUUACAAUGUGUCUAUACUCCUUUUUCUCAUCGUCUCGGCGUUAAUGGAUUUCGUGGUCUAGUCGAUGUC